AAAAAUAAGUUGUGACCUUGAGGAUGACGCGCAGAGGGCGCUGAAGGCGCCAAAAAGAAGCGGAACCAAACAAACCGAUAAAAAAAUCAUUUCUCCCAAAUAUUCGCUUCCUAAAUCAUUUUGAGACAAAAGUUGCCAUAAAAAUGAGUUCGGCAAGCAAGGUGGGCGAGAUCUUUACGGCGGCAGGCCAAGCUUUCAACAGACUGGGGGACCUGACGAUGCAAUUGCACCCCAACGUGGAGUCACAAUCAGGCAAAUGGACCGAUGAAGAAAUUGAGAUGCUUAGACAGGUAGUUAAACAAUUUUCCGACGGUUUAAAUCAAAUUAGUGAGCAUAUUAAGAGGCGGACGGUGUCGCAGAUUCGGACCGCUUUGAAGAAGAAGGCGUUUGAAGACGCGGGCUUGCCCGUGAGACAGCUCAACACUGUACAACAAAACGUGCAACAGCCGAUGAUUAAAUCGGAAGUUACUUUAAACAUGCUGAAUGCGGCGGAAUCGGAAGUCGACGUUGAGGGGCUACAUGAAGAGGUCAAACUGGAGUUUGAUGGGGCAAACGAGGAAGUGUCGUCGUAAAUAAUUGAACAGGUGUAAUUUUUAUUGUAAUUAAAUUAUUUUAAAUAAACUCAUAAACACGAA